AUGGACCAGUCGCCGCAGCUGCCGCCCGCCGCAGCAUACGUGCUCGCCUACGAGGCGCUGUUUGGCCAGGGGCUGCGGGAGCAGGGCCCCGCGGAGCGCGCGGUGAUGCGCGCGCGGCCCGCGAUGCGUGAGGAGCUGCAGCGGCUGCUGCAGGAAGCGGGGGCCAAGGACGUGGGCACGCUCCUGGAGCGGCAGCGCACGGCCGAGGACGGUCGGGCACGAGCGCAGCCCGGCGGUGGCGGCAGCGCGGCGCACGCGGCGACAGCCGCCCCGCACCCGCGCUGGGCGCGCAUCAACACGCUCAAGCUCUCGGUGGAGGAGGCGCUGGCGCGCCUGAGGGCGGACCGCAGGACCGCUGCCGCAAAGGUGGACGGCCUGCUGCCCGACGUCCUACGGCUGCCACCUGGCACAGACCUGCACGACCACCCGAUGGUGACUAAUGGUGACAUAAUCCUCCAGUCCAAGGCCAGCUGCAUGCCCGCCCACGCGCUCGCGCCCGAGCCUGGCUGGACCGUGCUGGACGCGUGCGCCGCGCCCGGCAACAAGACGACACACGCGGCGGCGCGCGUCGGGGCGCGGGGCCGCGUGCUGGCCUUUGACAAGGACCCCAGGAGGCUGGCGCGGCUGGUGGCCAACGCGCAGCAGGCCGGGGCAGCGGGGAUCAUCAAAGCCGAGGUCGCCGACUUCCUCAGUCUAGACCCGCAGGAGGCGCGGUUUGCAAAGGUCCGAGGCAUAAUCCUGGACCCCUCCUGCAGCGGCUCCGGCACUGUGGUAUCGCGCAUGGACCACCUGCUGCCCAAGGCCCCAGCGGGGGACGAAGAGGAGGACGCGGGGGACGCGCAGCGUGUGGAGCAGCUGGCACGUUUCCAGGAGUCUGCGCUGCGCCACGCGCUGCGCUUCCCGCGUGUCGUGCGCGUCGCCUACUCUACCUGCAGCACGCACCAGCGCGAGAACGAGGGUGUCGUGGCGGCAGUGCUGCCGGACGCCCUCGCCGCGGGCUUCGACCUGGCCGAGCCGUUUCCUGGGGGCCGGUGGCCGCGUCGCGGCCUGCCCGGCAGCCUGCCUGGCGGUCGGGACGCACGAGUCGUGCGGACGGACCCAUUUGAGGACGGGACGGAUGGGUUUUUUGUGGCGGUGUUUGAACGGCAGGCGGCGGGCGCGCGCGGCAGCGGCAGCAGUGGCGGCUGCGAGGCCGAGGAUGAUGGGGCAGGCGGAGAGGAGCCCGAGGAUGCGACGCGGCACCAGCAGCAGCGGCAGCCGCGAAAGCAGCAGCAGCCGCGAAAGCAGCAGCAACAGCAGCAGCAGCGGCAGCAGCAGCAGCAGCAGCAGCAGCAGCAGCAGCAGGAGCGGCCUGCCACAAAGCGCCCAAGGACGGCAAAACCGGGCAAAACAAGGGCGCCUGCCGAGUGA